UAACUGCACAUGUCAUUUACAUUCUCCCACGUUCAAGCAUACGAAGUAACGUUUUUAUUUUGCUCCGCUUUGUUCGAGCUUCAAUUGGGAAAAGUUACCCGAAAGACUUUCACUGGUGCACCUGAGAUAACUUGCGAAGAAAAACAUGGACCAGUGUUUUCACUAGUCUUCCUCUGCUGUGUAAUUCUGCAAGUAAAAACCAGUGGCUCUAAAACAUGGCUUCUAACGGUGCAUCAGACUCGGACAAGCCAUCGGUUUCUAACGUGGAACGAAGCAGAAGUCGUCUCUGCGAUGAGUUUGCGUCAUUGACCGGAUCCGAUAGCGGCGUGGCGCAGUGCUACCUGGCUGAACACGAGUGGGAGAUGGAGAGAGCUUUGAAUUCAUUCUUUGAGGCUGAUUUGGAAAAAGUAUUUGAAGAUGAUAUUCCAAACAGUGAGACCAGCCCCCCCAAAAAGAAGCAGAAAGUAGAGGAAAAACCUUCAGCAGACUGUAUAGAUUUGACCGGAGACAGUCCAGCCUCGACACGCAAACCCUCAGAUGAAGACGACAAUAAACUGUCACUGAUCUCCUGGAACGUGGAUGGACUCGAUACAGACAACCUUGGAGAACGCGCCAGAGGCCUGUGCUCCUUCUUAGUCCUAUACACUCCAGACGUGGUGUUUCUACAGGAGCUCAUUCCACCUUACGUCCAGUACUUGAAGAAACGGGCUGUCAGCUACCUGAUCAUCGAAGGGGGCGAGGAUGGUUACUUCACCGGGAUGAUGCUGAAAAAGACACGGGUCAGAUUCCUGGAGAGCGAGAUAGUAUCUUAUCCUACAACUCAAAUGAUGAGGAAUCUGCUUGUAGCUCAGGUGACAUUCAAAGACCAGAAGCUUUGUCUGAUGACGUCCCACCUCGAGAGCUGUAAAGGCCAAGCAGAGGAACGGAUGAAACAGCUGCGAGUGGUGACUCACAGGAUGAGAGAAGCGCCUGAUGACGUCACCGUCCUGUUUGGCGGCGACACGAACCUACGGGACGCUGAGGUGGCCAAGGUGGGUCUGCCCUCCGGUGUCUGCGACGUGUGGGAGCGACUGGGAAAGCAGGAGCACUGCCGCUACACGUGGGACACCAAAGCCAACAACAACAAGAAGGUGCCUUACAUCAGUCGCUGCCGCUUCGACCGGGUCUACCUCCGGCCCGCGGCCAAGGACGGCGUCCCCCGCCUGGCCCCUGACCACAUGGCCCUGGUGGGGCUGGAGAAGCUGGACUGUGGACGCUACACCAGUGAUCACUGGGGAAUUUACUGUAGCUUCUCCUCCGCAUAGAAAUGCACAAAACUGACUGAAACACGCCGGUUCUCAGAUGAGCUCGUGUAGUUUACUUUUGUGUGUUUCAGUCACUGAACGUGAAUAAAUAAUCAAAGAUAAAUUAUCUGGUUACCUGUACAUUUUACAUUUUGAUUUGUUUAAUGUUGUCAUUUGAUGUGUCCCUUACUAGUGUAUUUUUAUUGUUUUAAUUGGUUAAUAAAUGUAGAAAGAAUCAAUAAACGUGUCAACUCUGUGUA